AUGAAACUUGUCUUACUUACCACAAUUGCCCUACUUCUAACAACCGCCCUAAUCAUCAUUAAUUUCUGACUCCCUCAAACAUAUCCAGACAUAGAAAAACUAUCUCCAUACGAAUGCGGGUUUGACCCCAUCGGCACUGCCCGUCUACCCUUCUCCCUUCGCUUCUUCCUAGUUGCAAUCCUAUUCCUCUUAUUCGACCUAGAAAUUGCCCUUUUACUCCCAACCCCUUGGGCCAUCAACUCUACAGCCCCCCUACAAACAUUACUAUGAACAACCUUACUUAUCUCACUACUGACCCUGGGGCUCAUCUAUGAAUGACUCCAAGGAGGACUAGAAUGAGCAGAAUA